AUGACUGCCGCACCUCGUGCAGUUUCCAAGAUCGUGCGCGGCACCAAGCAGAUGGAAGGCGCAGGCGUGCGCAUCUGCCGCACCAUCGGCACGGGCCACCUCCGCAACCUGGACCCCUUCCUCAUGCUGGAUGAGCUGAAGAUGCCGGCGCAUGAGGCAAGCGCCGGGUUCCCGGACCACCCCCACCGUGGCUUUGAGACCUGCUCCAUCAUGCUGUCUGGGAAGAUGGAGCACCGCGAUUCCUAUGGAAACCACGGCGUCAUCGGCCCUGGGGGGGUGCAGUGGAUGACCGCCGGGCGUGGCAUCGUGCACUCCGAGAUGCCAAAGGUCACCGAGGGCAUGCUGCACGGGUUCCAGCUCUGGAUCAACCUCCCCGCCAAGGACAAGAUGGUGAAGCCGCGGUACCAGGACGUGCAGGCCGACGCCAUCCCGGCCGUGGAGGGACCCGGGCACAGCGUGCGUGUCAUGGCAGGCAGCGUGGGCGCCACCGCGGGGCCCCUGACCCUGCGCAACCCGGGCCUGUUGCUGGAUGUGCGGCUGGAGCCCGGGGCGGAGUGGAGCACGGAGGUCACCCCGGACUGGAACGGCUUCUCCUACGUCUACGAGGGCGCCGGCAGGAUCGGGGGCAGCCCAGCGGCCGUGGAGAAUCUGCAGGUGUUUGGCAACGAGGGCAGCACGGUGAUUGCGCGGGCGGCUGAGGACAGGCCACUCAAGUUCCUGCUGGCCUUUGGCAAGCCCAUCGGUGAGAAGGUGAUCCAGUACGGGCCGUUUGUGAUGAAUCACGAGCUGGAGAUCCAGCAGGCCUUUGCCGACUACCACUCGGGCAGGCUGCAAAACCCCAACGACGAUGUGUGGGCCGCUGAGCAGUGA